AUGGCGAGAUCUGGCGGCAAGCGAGGCGUGAUGGAGCACCACUGCCUGGACCGAUUCCGCCGCCGGCGACUCCUCGCCUUUCUCCGCCGCAACAACCUUCCCGCCACCUUCGACGCGCUGAAGCACGAGACGCGCGUCUUUCUCGAUCUGCGGUUCCUGCGGCGCCUGGUGGCGGACGGCCGGUGGCAGGAGGCGCGAGAGUACUUCAGCCGCUUCCUGCCGUGCCGGGAUGAGGUCGACGCGCACACCGCGCUCAGAUUCAUCACUCGCCUCGGCGUUCUCGACGACAUGGCCCAGGGGAAGCUGGGGUGCAUCGAUGCUGCCGACGAUCUCCGGACCCAACUCGAGUCUUACCCUUCCAGCAUGAUCGAGGCCGACCCGCACUACGCCGAUGCUGUCUGCGCAAUCUUAUACAAUGGCUCUCACCCGGCUUACUGGGAUCCCGUGGACUGGCGGCUCAUUAGGCUCAAAGCCGCACAGGUUGUCAAGGACUUGGUCACGCGAACCACUGAGUUCAGGCAUCUGCUGCGGUUGCCACGGUGUCCAAGCCACCCAUGUCACACAAUCCCCUUCGGGUUUAGGGGUUGCCGGAGGCAUAAGAGGAAGAAGAACAUAGGCCGCAUGUCGGCAUCUCUUCUUGCCCGCCGUUUUCUUCAGAAAGAGAGGUAUAUAUAUCGUAUGCACAGAAUUGAUGCUCUCGUUGUUCCACUGUUUCCUAGUUUGUAA